GCAGCCCCGAGCGGGAGCAGCGCGGCCGGAGGCGGCGGUGAGCGGCGGCGGCCCGGCCCGCUGCGCUCCGAGGCGGCGGCUCCCGCGCUGCCCGUCCGUGCGGAGGCGGCCGCGCCGAGGGCGCCCUGCGGCGGGGGACGCGCUCCCCCGCGGCCCGGAGCGGCACACGCCGCUCGCCCCCACGGCUCGCUAGAUAACUUGUCUCUUGUUCGCCCCCGUUCCACUGUGGUAUGAUUCAUCAGAAGUAGAUUGUGACGUCUGCUGGGAGUUUUUGCUGAAGCUGCAUGUGUCUGCUUUCUCAGGAAUUUGGAUAGCUGCUGCUUCUUUGAAGACAGAUUACCUGUGUCCUUCAAAUGCCUGUGAUAUUUUCAAGAGGAACCAUUUUUCUGCUUAAAAGAAACAUAAGCGAUUCAAUUACACCUCUGACAUUUUGGAGCAUGAGUGAUGUUAAAACUAUUUGAAUGUAUUGGAGCAUGGCUGCCUCUUAAAAUGCAGAAGUUAAAGGAAAUUAUUGCUUAUCAAAACCUACUGAAUAUCUGAAUUUUCUGGACAUUCGGCAUUUAACUGCGUCCUUAAAUGUCCAUGAUUAGGAUCUCAUGCAACCAUUGUAUGUUUUGGAGACUAUUCUCCGGAAGAGAACUGUGCAUUUAAAAAGCAGAAAUGACUGUGGGUUUUUUUGGAACUUACUGAGGUUGAGCAUACUGAAAGACCAUGACCAGCUUGAAGCGGUCCCAGACCGAAAGGGCUGUUGCCACUGGGGUAUCAGUCGGAACAGAUGGCACCUCAAAAGUCCACUCGGAUGACUUCUACAUGAGGCGCUUUCGGUCACAGAAUGGCAGCUUAGGAUCUGCAGUCAUGGCGCCAGUUGGACCUCCUCGCAAUGAGAGUUCCCAUCAUGUUACCUCUACCCCUGGAGUCCCUAAAAUGGGAGUCAGGGCAAGGAUUGCCGAUUGGCCCCCAAGGAAGGAGAACAUCAAGGAGACAAGCAGAUCUAGUCAAGAUAUUGACACGUCAAGUUGCCUUGACAGCAUGUCUUCUAAAAGCAGUCCUGGGAGUCAGGGAAGUUCUGUUAACCUGAAUGCUAGUGAUUCGGUCAUGUUAAAGAGCAUCCAGAGCACACUUAAAAACAAGACCAGACAAUCUGAGAAUCUAGACUCCAGGUUUCUUACACCCGAUGGCUACCCCAGUUCCCCAAGGAAAGCCCUUCGCAGAAUACGACAGCGCAGCAACAGCGACAUCACCAUAAGUGAGCUUGAUGUGGAUAGUUUUGAUGAAUGUAUUUCACCCACAUUUAAAUCUGGACCAUCUCUGCACAGAGAGUAUGGCAGCACAUCUUCCAUAGAUAAGCAGGGAACUUCAGGGGAAAGUUUUUUUGACUUAUUGAAGGGCUAUAAAGAUGAAAAAUCUGAUCAGAGAAGCCCAGGCUCAACUAAACUCGGUGAGCUUCUGAUUGCCAGUGGGAGCAAGGGUUCAGGAUUCUCUCUAGAUGUGAUAGAUGGUCCUAUUACUCAAAGGGAAAACCUGAGACUCUUUAAGGAAAGGGAGAAGCCACUCAAGAGACGCUCAAAAUCGGAGACAGGAGAUUCAUCUAUUUUUCGUAAGCUGCGUAAUGCCAAAGGUGAAGGGGAACUUGGGAAGUCUUCAGAUCUUGAAGAUAACAGGUCAGAAGAUAGCAUUAAGCCUUGGACUUGUCCGAAGUGUUUUGCUCAUUAUGAUGUACAGAGUAUUUUAUUUGAUUUAAAUGAAGCAGCAAUCAACAGGCAUAAUGUUAUUAAAAGAAGGAACACAACGACAGGUGCAUCUGCUGCUGCUGUAGCAUCACUUGUCUCUGGACCCUUGUCCCAUUCUGCAAGUUUCAAUUCUCCAAUGGGCAGCACUGAAGACCUGAAUUCAAAAGGAAGUCUUAAUAUGGACCAGGGGGACGAUAAAAGCAAUGAACUCGUGAUGAGUUGUCCUUAUUUUCGUAAUGAGAUUGGCGGGGAAGGGGAAAGGAAGAUCAGCCUUUCCAAAUCUAAUUCAGGUUCCUUCAGUGGGUGUGAAAGUGCCUCAUUUGAGUCCACUCUGAGUUCUCAUUGCACAAAUGCUGGAGUUGCAGUUCUGGAAGUUCCCAAGGAGAAUCUGAUUUUACAUCUAGACAGAGUGAAAAGAUACAUCGUUGAACAUGUAGACCUUGGUGCAUAUUAUUAUCGAAAAUUCUUCUACCAGAAAGAACACUGGAACUAUUUUGGGGCAGAUGAGAACCUGGGUCCAGUAGCUGUGAGUAUAAGAAGAGAGAAGCCAGAGGAAAUCAAAGAAAAUGGACCUCAGUACAACUACCGGAUCAUAUUCAGAACUAGUGAGCUCAUGACAUUAAGAGGCUCUGUGUUGGAAGAUGCUAUCCCUUCUACUGCAAAGCAUUGCACAGCGAGGGGACUUCCCCUAAAAGAAGUGCUGGAGUAUGUGGUUCCAGAGCUGAAUAUCCAUUGCUUAAGGCUGGCCUUCAACACUCCAAAAGUCACAGAACAGCUUAUGAAGCUUGAUGAGCAAGGGUUAAGUUACCAACUUAAGGUGGGUAUCAUGUACUGUAAAGCUGGGCAAAGCACAGAAGAGGAAAUGUAUAAUAAUGAAUCAGCAGGUCCAGCCUUUGAGGAGUUUCUUCAGCUCUUGGGAGAGCGAGUUCGACUCAAGGGAUUUGACAAGUACCGUGCUCAGCUGGAUACAAAAACUGAUUCAACAGGUACUCAUUCUCUGUACACAACAUACAAGGACUAUGAAAUCAUGUUCCACGUUUCUACUAUGUUGCCAUAUACUCCAAACAACAAGCAACAGCUUCUGAGAAAACGACAUAUUGGAAAUGAUAUUGUGACAAUAGUUUUCCAGGAGCCUGGAGCACAACCAUUCAGCCCAAAGAACAUCCGCUCCCACUUCCAGCACGUCUUUGUCAUUGUGAGGGUGCACGGUCCCUGCACUGACAGCGUUUGUUACAGUGUUGCUGUGACAAGAUCCAGAGAUGUACCAUCCUUUGGCCCACCUAUUCCAAAAGGUGUGACGUUUCCUAAAUCAAAUGUGUUCAGGGACUUCCUACUAGCUAAAGUCAUUAAUGCAGAGAAUGCUGCUCAUAAAUCAGAAAAGUUCCGUGCGAUGGCCACCAGGACCCGGCAGGAGUACUUGAAAGACUUGGCAGAGAAGAAUGUCACCAACACACCCAUUGACCCUUCUGGCAAGUUCCCCUUCAUCUCACUUGCUUCAAAAAAGAAGGAAAAGUCCAAACCUUAUCCGGGAGCAGAGAUCUAUAGUUCUGGUGCUAUUGUCUGGAGUGUCCAUGCAAAAGACUACAGCAAGGGUAUGGAAAUAGACUGUCUCCUAGGCAUCUCUAAUGAGUUUGUAGUCCUCAUUGAACAGGACACAAAAAGUGUGGUGUUCAAUUGCUCCUGUCGAGAUGUGAUAGGGUGGACUUCAACAGACACAAAUAUCAAAAUAUUCUAUGAGAGAGGUGAAUGUGUUUCUUUGGAGAGCUUCAUCAGCAACAUUGAUGACAUCAAAGAGAUCGUCAAAAGGCUGGAGCUUGUGACCAAGGGCUGUGAAACCGUGGAGAUGACUCUGCGCAGGAAUGGCCUGGGCCAGCUGGGUUUCCACGUGAACUACGAGGGCAUCGUGGCAGACGUGGAGCCCUACGGGUACGCGUGGCAGGCGGGGCUGCGCCAGGGCAGCCGCCUGGUGGAGAUCUGCAAGGUGGCCGUGGCCACCCUGAGCCACGAGCAAAUGAUCGACCUGCUCAGGACAUCAGUUACCGUCAAGGUCGUCAUUGUCCCUCCCUACGAGGACUGCACGCCACGCAGGAGUUCUUCAGAAAACUACCGUAUGCCAGUGAUGGAGUACAAAGUGAAUGAAGGAAUGUCGUAUGAAUUCAAAUUUCCCUUCAGAAAUAAUAACAAAUGGCAGCGAAAUGCAGGCAAAGGGCAGGGACCUCAUGUGGCUCAGGUGCCAUCUCAAAUCCAAAGCCCAGUACCAUCUAGGAUUAGCUCUGGCAAAGGAGAAGGAAAAAUGGCACCCCCAGAACGAGCCAACAUUCCCCGAAGCAUCUCUAGUGAUGGGCGCCCGUUGGAGAGCCGGAGGCUGUCCCCUGGCUCCGAUGUCUACGUCACCGUCUCCUCCAUCGCCUUAGCGAGGUCGCAGCAGUGCCGGAACUCUCCAAGCAACUUGUCCUCCUCGAGUGACACCGGCUCUACUGGAGGCACGUACAGACAAAAAUCUAUGCCAGAAGGGUUUGGAAUUAGCCGCAGAUCCCCCGCUUCCAUUGACAGGCAGAACACGCAGUCGGACACGGGCGGCAGCGGCAAGUCCACGCCCAGCUGGCAGAGGAGCGAGGACAGCAUCGCUGACCAGCUGGAGCCAACGUGCCAUCUCCCAGCAGUCUCAAAAGUAUUGCCAUCCUUCCGAGAGAGCCCCAGUGGAAGACUGAUGAGACAGGAUCCCGUGGUACACUUGUCUCCAAAUAAGCAGGGUCAUUCUGACAGCCACUAUUCCAGCCAUUCCAGCAGCAAUACUCUCUCCAGCAAUGCCUCCAGUGCUCACAGCGAUGAGAAGUGGUAUGACAGCGGAGAGCGCACGGAGUCGGAGCUGAACAGCUACAACUACAUUCAGGGGACGUCAGCGGACAGCGGCAUAGACACCACUUCCUACGGACCCAGCCACGGCAGCACCGCCUCCCUGGGCGCUGCCACGUCGCCCCGCACAGGGCUCACCAAGGAGAAGGUGGCCCCGCUGUGGCACAGCUCCAGCGAAGUGGUCUCCAUUGCAGACAGGACAUUAGAAAAGGACAGCCACAUGGACCGGAAAGCGGAAUCUUCGCUCAGCCUGGAUAUUCACAGCAAGAAUCAGCCAGCCUCCAACCCUCUCACAAGGGAGAACAGUGCUUACAGUUUAAGUGAUGCUGUCUCACAUACAAGUACCAUGAGCUCACGACACUCUGCCAGCCCUGUUGUUUUCACCAGUGCCAGAAGCUCACCUAAAGAAGAGCUUCAUUCUGCUACUUCUCCCCAGCUCGCACCUUCUUUCUCCUCCUCCUCUUCCUCCUCGUCUGGUCCUAGGACUUUCUACCCUCGCCAGGGUGCUACUAGCAAGUAUCUGAUUGGAUGGAAAAAGCCAGAAGGGACAAUAAACUCAGUGGGCUUUAUGGAUUCAAGAAAACGUCACCAGAGCGAUGGCAAUGAAAUGGCCCACCCUCGGCUGCGGGCGUCGGCAAGAGACCUGCGGGCGUCCCCAAAACGAGCGUCCAAGUCCACUGUUGAAGAAGAGCUGAAGAAAUUGAUAGAUCUCGAUAGCCCAACACCUGAAUCCCAGAAGAAUUUUAAGUCACACACUCUGUCCUGUCAGUCUCCCUUUCCCAGCACUCCUACCACAAGGCGUGCCUUGCAAAGGACUUUGUCAGAUGAGAGUAUUUACAGUGGUCAAAGGGACCACUUCUUCACCUCACGGGCCUCGCUCUUGGACCAAGCCAUGCCAAACGAUGUUCUCUUCACCAGCACCUACCCUUCUCUCCCAAAGUCGCUGCCGUUACGGAGACCAUCCUAUACUUUGGGAAUGAAAUCGCUACAUGGAGAGUUUUCUGCCUCAGACAGCUCCCUCACAGAUAUCCAGGAGCAAAGACGGCAGCCCAUGCCAGACCCUGGUCUUAUGCCAUUGCCUGAUUCUGCCUCUGAUCUGGACUGGUCAAAUUUGGUAGAUGCUGCCAAAGCUUUUGAAGUUCAGCGAGCUUCAUUCUUUGCUGCUGCUGAUGAAAAUCACAGACCUGUGAGUGCUGCUUCCAGCAGUGAUCAGGCCGAGGACCAGCUUACUGCACAGAUAAAGCCUUAUACAGGUAAGGAAUCUCCUCCAACUCUUGCCUCUAAAGUGGACCAACUGGAAGGUUUGCUGAAGAUGCUGCAAGAAGAUUUAAGGAAGGAAAAAGAGGACAAGGCCAGCCUUCAGGCUGAAGUGCAACAUUUGCGGGAAGACAACUUGAGGUUACAGGAGGAAUCCCAGAAUGCAACUGAAAAGCUGAAGAAAUUCACCGAAUGGGUUUUCAACACAAUUGAUAUGAACUGAGAACGGUGUAUGGGGAAGGAAACUAUCUGUUAUGAAUAUUAUUACUGGGACUUAAGCUUUAAUGCCACCUUAAUUAUGACAUGUGAAAGUAUAGUCAGAGCAAUUCCCUGUUCUUCAUCCUCCAAUAACCCUUUUUUGCAUCUCUGCGCGCACUCAGAACAAUUGCAGAUCAACAAUCAAUGUCUGCCUUUUGUAGAAAAAACAAAGUAAAUAAUUUUAAAAAGGUAAAAUAAAAAAAUAAAAGUUUAACUGCUAAAA